AUGAUUGAUGAUGAAUCAGAUGGAAACGAACAUGGAGGCGAGUGCUAUGCUAGUCAUUUUCUGAAAGUGCAUCUCGUUCGAUAUCCCAAUUCGACGUUUAGCAAACCCUCCUUCUCAAUUAUCUUCUUCCUCUCCCUCUCUCUCUCAGCGAAACGCGUGCAGUUAUGGCGAUCAGUUCCUUCAAGCAAGAGCAUCCUCUCGGUCAUUGUGGAAAGAGCCGAAAAGAGUGAUGUCCCUGAUAUUGAUAAGAAAAAGUACUUGGUCCCAGCUGAUCUGACUGUUGGUCAGUUUGUUUAUGUUGUACGCAAGCGUAUCAAGCUUAGUCCUGAGAAAGCCAUCUUCAUUUUCGUCAAGAACGUUCUUCCACCUACUGCUGCGAUAAUGUCUGCGAUUUAUGAAGAGCACAAAGACGAAGACGGGUUUCUCUACAUGAGUUACAGUGGCGAGAACACGUUCGGGAUCUUCUAAUGCGCUUUGGAGCUACCAAUAUAUCUCUGAACCUUGAUGCAUCGGUCUGCUAUGUACAUUCUUUCGAUUUCUCUCUCUCUCCUUGGUUAUCUCUGAAACUACGGAACUUGCUUUGUUAUGGUGGAACAUAUAUUCGUUUCAUGGUCUUGCUUUGCUUUGAUGCUACUACUAUUAACCGCAUUCUAAUUCUC